UGGGCGCUCGUCGCCGCGGAGCUCCCGGGAAAGACCGGACAGCAGUGCGCGCAGCGAUGGCGACACAAGGUCAACCCGAAUAUAAAGAAAGAGAAGUGGACCGCCCAGGAGGACGAACUGCUCUCGCGCCUGUACGAAGAGCACGGCCAGCGAUGGGCGGAGAUCGCGCGCCACCUCGAGGGCCGAACCGAUCAGCAGUGCAUGGGCCGGUGGCGGAGGCACCUCGACCCGACGGUGAAGAAGGACGCGUGGAACGACACCGAGGACCACGAGCUCAUGCGAUUGCACGACAAGCUCGGCCCGCGGUGGAGCAACAUAAGCAAGAUGCUCACGGGGAGGACCGCGCAGCAGUGCCGCGCGCGAUGG